CUCUGGAGAUCCUGCUGCUCCCACUGCCAGCCACCAUGGAGCCUCUGGGGACGGUCACCCUUUUCCUGGGAAUUUGUCUCUCUUGCCUUCUCCUCUUGGCUGCCAUGAGGAGCAGGACGCAGGGCAAGGGAAGGCGGCCGCCGGGCCCAACGCCUUUGCCCCUUGUGGGGAACAUCUUGCAGCUGAAGGCCACCUUCCUCAGUAAGGCUCUCCAACAGCUCAGUGAGAAGUACGGCCCCGUGUUCACCGUGCAUUUCGGAGGGGACCCUGUCGUAGUUCUCCAUGGCUACGACGUCAUAAAAGAAGCACUGAUUGAUCGCGCAGACGAGUUUGCACCCAGGGGACCCCUACCGUUGCUUGACAAAGUUCACAAAGGGAAAGGGAUUAUCUUCAGCAAUGGGGAAAGAUGGAAGGUGCUCCGGCGCUUUGCCCUCACCACCCUGCGCAACUUUGGGAUGGGAAAGAAGAGCAUCGAGGAGAGGAUCCAGGAGGAAGCCCAGUAUCUGCUGGAAAAGCUCCAGGACACCAAAGGAAAGCCCUUCGACCCCACCUUCCUGCUUGGCUGUGCUACGUCCAACGUCAUCUGCUCCAUCGUCUUUGGAACCCACUUUGAUUACCAUGACGAGAGGUUUCUAGCCCUCAUGGACUUGAUGAAUGAGAACUUCAGGACUUUUAGCUCCCCUUGGGGACAGCUCAACAAUCUCUUCCCAACUUUAAUGAACCUCAUUCCUGGACCUCACCACACAAUAGAGAAAAACAAGCAAAAGACAGGAGAUUUUAUUUUGGAGGAGACGAAACAGCAUAAGGACACACUUGAUCCCAAUGCUCCACGGGAUUUCAUUGAUUGCUUUCUCAUUAAAAUGGAACAGGAAAAAAAGAAUGGUGCAUCAGAGUUCACCCCUGAAAACAUGCUGGUCUCUGUGAUUGAUUUGUUUGAAGCUGGAACAGAAACAACCAGCACAACCCUAAGAUAUGGGCUCUUGGCUCUCCAGAAAUACCCAGAGGUAGAAGAGAAAGUCCAUGAAGAGAUUGACCGCGUGGUUGGCCGAGCCAGGGCGCCGUGCAUAGCUGACCGUGGACAGAUGCCUUACACAGACGCCGUCAUCCACGAAAUCCAGAGGUUCAUCUCUCUCAUCCCACUGGCUCUCCCCCACUCAGUGGCCAAAGACAUCCCCUUCCGACAAUUCGUCAUCCCAAAGGGCACCACCAUCUUCCCUGUCCUGACCUCUGUGCUGUACGACAGCAAAGAAUUUCCAAACCCCACAGAAUUUGACCCACAGCAUUUCUUGAACAAAGAUGGGACCUUCCGGAAGAGGGACUACUUCAUGCCCUUCUCGGCAGGUAAAAGGAUCUGUGCAGGGGAGGGCCUUGCCCGCAUGGAGCUGUUCCUCUUUUUGGUCACCAUCCUGCAGCACUUCAAACUGAAGCCCCUCAAGGAUCCCAAGGACAUUGACCUCAGUCCCCUCAUGAGCAGCAAUGGUAACGUCCCUCGGCCUUAUCAACUCUGUGUUCUUCCUCGCUGAGGAGAAGGAGGACUCUGGCCCACCAGAAACCAUCUGGCAGUGGGCGUUUUAUUUCAGGCUGCCGACAUUUUCUAGCCGGGUAGCAGAACUGUAAAUUUAUGAACACUGGAGAGCCUUUUACUUAGACAAAGAUAAUCUGCUUUCAUAGAAAGGGGAGCUGGACAUCAGAAUAUUAGCAAUUGUUUCCUCCUGAAA